AUGCCCAACGAACCUCCACCGACGACAACCUGGCACUCCGAAGACCAACGUAGCGAGAACGCGCCUUUUCCCCUCAACACCAUCGCGAGAGACGGGAUAGGACCAACAAUGAUGGAUCAACCCGAUAACCACGCGACGAACCAAAGCGUACCCACGGCCAGCGGCCAACAAGAGAUCGGAGAAAUAAAAACGGUGAGACUUCCCCAGCCUUUCUGGCGCAGUAACCCGGCGAGAUACUUCACCGUCGCAGAAAUGACGUUCGCACUACACCGGAUUACAUCAGACGAAUCGAAGUUUAGGUACGUAAUCAUUAACCUAGACGCAGAUCUAUUAAGUAUCGUAGGCGAUAUAGUCGACUCGCCACCGCCUUCUGGGAAAUACGAAGCAUUAAAACAAAGAAUAAUAGAUAGCCUCUCUGAGUCCCAGGAAACCAAGCUGCGACGCCUCCUCCGAGGUCAAGCUAUGGGCAACGAUAAACCUUCCGUUUACCUACAACGAAUCAGGAAUCUAGCGGGAGGCCAGUGUAACGACAACGUGCUACGCAGCCUUUUUAUGGAGCAACUACCAGAGCACGUGCGAGGAAUCCUAGCAAUCAGCCAGCUGGAUGACUUGAGUACACUCGCCGCACAGGCAGACAGGAUCACCGAGGUAAUGCAUCCACAGAUUUCAGCUCUGAAACAAGAAGCAACAGGAACCGUCGCUCUCUGUACAACCAAAGCAAACAGUGCGAGUUCACCAACAGGACACAACCAAGAGGUACUAGAAUUGAAACAGGCGAUUGAAGCAUUAACCAAGCGCUUCAACCGCGCCUUCCGGGGACGCAGCCGCAGCCGCAGUCGGGGCGGAAACGAUAGGCGAGCGCGUGACCGCUCAACGACACCACACGACGACAAGGAGGAAAAGAUUUGCUAUUAUCACAGAAGAUUCGGUAACAACGCCCGAAACUGUAAGCACCCGUGCUCGUGGGACACGAAACAAGAUACCAAACGGGAAAACUAA